AAUUCACUUCAGCAUCUCACUCAGGGGCCCCAGAACUGAGCCAUAUGGGUUCUUGUCUUCUCUUCAGCUCGCAUAUGCCAAUGCUCAUCCUGUCGAGUAAGAAUUAUUCAAUCAUCGUAAUCGUCGUUUCUUCUGCGACUCAUGUCAUGGUAAUAAUGGAAACCAAGUCAAUUCGCUACAUUUCCCCUCAUCUCCCAACCUUCAAACUCACUCCGCUACUAAUGAAAACACUCUUUUGUCUGACUUGCCCCCUCACGUUUUACCUACUUUCCGUGACUCUAGAGGCUCCCCGCCAUCGUGACGACGUCAUCCGACAUGCAUCACCCCUCGUCAACAUCCAGCACCAUCCACUAACCUUACCACUUCACCACGAUGGCUCGCUUUCUCUUCCCUCCAUUUUCGCGCUUUCCCCUCAUUCUGCUCACUCCUCAGAGCAAACCGCGGCUGUCAUCCCAUAAAGUGACCUCAUGCCGCAUCUCACAAACACACAAAGCAACCAAUCCAAUCCACCAACCUCACAACUGGAAUCCCCAGAGUUCAUGCACUCCAGCUCAGAC